AUGAGGACUCUACUCGAGUACGGCGCCUUUUUCUUCGCUCUGGUGUCGUCCGGCUUUCUCAUUGUGGCCACCUGGACGGACUGCUGGAUGGUCAAUGCUGAUGAUAGUCUGGAGUUCAGCUCCAGCUGCCGAGGUCUGUGGUGGGAGUGUGUGACCCACGUCUUCGAUGGGGUCACGACCUGCGACGAAUACGACUCCAUAUUGGCUGACCUCUCCUUGAAGCUGGUGGUGACCCGAGCUCUGAUGAUUAUGGCUGAUAUCCUGUCUGGGUUCGGCUUUGUUAUCCUGCUCCUCGGACUGGACUGCAUAAAAUUUCUGGAGGAAGAACCAAAUAUUAAGAUCCGGAUCUGCUUAGUUGCUGGAAUAAUAUUACUGCUGGCAGCGGUUCCUGGCAUAAUCGCUUCAGUGUGGUACGCGGUUGGGGUCUAUGUGGAGCGAACCACACUGGUUUUCCACAACGUGUUCCUGGGGCUGCAGUACCAGUUUGGCUGGUCCUGCUGGCUCGGAAUGGCUGGCUCUAUGGGCUGCGCUCUAGCAGGGACCAUGUUGACAUGCUGCAUGCACUUGUUAAAAGACGUUGGAACCGGAAGAAAUCUGUUCCACUCCAACCAUCCCUCUAGGCCAGUGCAGAGGAAGAAGCCUGCAAGACUGUCCCCUGACACCAUGCACUCCUACACCAAGAGUGAAACAGCCAAGAUGUAUGCUAUGGACACAAGGGUUUAGAGACAGCCAUUCAACAGCAGUGCUGCAGUAUGGGCCUCCAUUCUCAGCAGGAUUUACACUUGCACCUGCAAGAGACUGAAAAGCAUUUUCUUCAGAAACAGAAGACCAUGCACACAGCACUUUGCUUUUACAACAGCGCCACCUGCUGGGCAGAAACUUAACUGCUGGACAGAAAACAGGCUUUCUUGUCCAUUGCACAUCCAUGAACUAGUGGCCGGGACCUGACCGUCAGAGUGACUGUGUGCGUUCAAAGACACAUUCUUUAUGAUUAUUGCAUCCUUUUCCACUCCUGUUUCAUGUGUACAGUGAGUAUUGACAGAAAUGAUGAGUCCCAUAUAGAGAUGACAGAUGUUUACUAGUUUAUGUUUGAUGUGCGGUACUGUCUGUAUAAUAUUGU